CCCCCUCAUUUGCAUAAACCCCGCCCCCGAGUCCCUUUCCUAUUGGCUACGUUGUUCCGAGCCUUCCUUCCCAUUGGCUGCUCGCCUUGUCAUUCCUCUUUUUCUCUUUAAUUUCCUCACUCUCCGCUCCCUCCAGGCGCUUUCUCCGGCUUCUCUAGCCGUCUUCCCGGUCCGCUUCCGAGGCCCAGCGGGGCCUUUAUUCGCCGCCGUCCUUUGCCGGUCCUUCGGGGCGGAACCAAGCGGGGCAGCAGGUGAGAGGGGCCCGCCCCGCCGCCUCCCUCCGCAGAAACAUCCAGACUGAAAGAUGUGCUGCAAUGCCUCCUUUGUGUUUGACUGUACUUAAAACUGGAAAGAGAAAUAUAUUAUGGCAGUUCUCCGUUAUUGUGUCACCACUGGUGGCUGAGCUGAAGUUUCCUGCAUCCUAAGGAGAGUAUGUAUAAAAGGAAUGGCCUCAUGGCCAACGUGACAGUGACCUCCGCCACUCCAGAGGGUAGUAGCAGUUCUGACUCUCUGGAAGGACAAAGUUCAGAUUAUGCCCAUAAAAGCUAUGAUGCAGUUGUAUUUGAUGUAUUGAAAGUAACUCCGGAGGAGUUUGCAAGUCAGAUUACACUGAUGGAUAUGCCAGUAUUUAAAGCUAUACAGCCAGAGGAACUAGCAAGUUGUGGAUGGAAUAAGAAAGAAAAACACAUCCUUGCCCCUAAUGUUGUUGCCUUUACAAGGAGGUUUAAUCAGGUCAGUUUCUGGGUUGUACGAGAAAUUUUAACAGCACAGACCUUAAAAAUAAGGGCAGAAAUAUUGAGCCAUUUUGUGAAAAUAGCAAAGAAACUUCUAGAACUGAACAACCUUCAUUCCCUCAUGUCUGUGGUAUCAGCUCUGCAAAGCGCACCUAUUUUCCGACUGACAAAAACUUGGGCACUUUUGAACCGAAAAGACAAGACUACCUUUGAAAAGCUAGACUACUUAAUGUCUAAGGAAGAUAAUUAUAAGAGGAUGCGGGACUAUAUCAGAUGCUUAAAGAUGGUCCCCUGUAUUCCUUACUUAGGUCAAGAUACUCCAGAGAGGGUUUUGAAGGGCUGGGUUAUGAGGAGAAUGUCUGGCAAAGUAGAUCGAUGUUUCACAGGGAUUUAUCUGUUGGAUUUAAUCUACAUUGAUUCGGCAUAUCCUGCCUCAGGCAGCAUUAUGGAGAAUGAACAAAGAUCUAAUCAAAUGAACAAUAUCCUCCGAAUAAUUGCUGAUUUGCAAGUCUCCUGUAGCUACGAUCACCUUAUAACAUUACCCCAUGUGCAAAAAUACUUAAAGUCUGUCCGGUACAUUGAAGAACUUCAGAAGUUUGUGGAAGAUGACAACUACAAAUUAUCCUUGAGAAUUGAACCAGGAAACAGCUCUCCACGACUGGUCUCUUCAAAGGAGGAUCUUGCAGGUCCCUCAGAGGUGUCAGCAGCUGUGAGGUUCAACAGGAGACCAACCUGUCCUGAUGCCUCGGUGGCAGCCAGCCUGCCAACUCCUCCUGUCCCACGACACAGGAAGAGUCACAGCCUGGGAAACAAUAUGAUGUGUCAGUUCAGUGUAGUUGAAAGUAAAAGCGCAACGUUCCCAACAGAGAAACCGCGCCAUCUGCUGGAUGACAGUGUGCUAGAGUCCCACAGUCCUGUCAGAAACCACACAUUAAACUCUGUUUUCACCAAUGGUAUUUCCAUAGGAAGCAGUGAAAGCUCCGAAUUCAGUGAGGAGCCUUCCUCUGGGCUUGAAAGGGGUCGGCUGUAUGCCACGCUGGGGCCCAACUGGCGGGUACCAAUUCGGAAUUCUCCCAGGAGUCGGAGCUGUGUUUACAGCCCAACAGGCGCUUGCAGUUGCACUUCAGCGACUUCCAUGGGAGUUGUUACAAUGGAAGGGCCUUUGAGAAGGAAGACAUUACUGAAGGAAGGCAGGAAGCCUACACUUUCCUCGUGGACUAGAUAUUGGGUCACCCUUUCAGGAUCCACUCUGAUUUACUUUGGAGCCAAGUCAUUAAGAGGCGCUGAAAGAAAACACUACAAAUCUACACCGGGAAAAAAGGUUUCCAUCGUGGGCUGGAUGGUAGCACUACCUGAUGAUCCUGAGCACCCUGAUAUUUUUCAGCUAAAUAAUCCAGAUAAAGGCAAUGUUUACAAGUUUCAGACUGGUUCAAGGUUUCACGCAAUACUGUGGCACAAGCAUUUGGACGACGCGUGCAAAAGUAACAGGCCUCAGGUACCUACAAACCUUAUGUCAUUCGAAUAACAAGGCCGGGUCUGUGGUGUAACUUCAAGUGCCAAAACUGCAGGAUGGGAAAAGGGUUCCCAAAGGAGAGCAGAGGAAGGAAACUCCCAGAGUGAGCCAGCUGUCUGCAACAGCAACUUCAGCACUUUUCUAUAUUAACUUGAACGUAAUUAUGACACAACUUCUAAAAGCAGAAAGUGAAUGUUGUCCUUAGGAAAGGAUCUAACCCAGUGCACUGAUGCGAAAGGUGGAUUUGGACUGAUCGAAGACACAGCCUGCUCAGCGCAGGAUCCCCAAGAGUCCUUCAGUUUAGCUUUGUGGUCACAGACUGCUGUGGAUUUCUGUUCUCCCACAAACUGUGCAUCACAUCGUCUGCGGAUUAUUAUUAUUAUUAUAUUAUUAUUUUUUAACCGCUCUUUUUAUUGUUGAGCUGCUUUAUGUGACUGAAGAACAUUUAGCCCAUGUUGGGUUUUCGAUUAUUUCUAAUGCACAAAAAAACAAAACAACAAAAAAUACAAAACAAUUGACAGUGUUAAAACUUGCUGCAAAGUGUCAAUUAGAAUAGAACAUUGUGGAACAACGUUUUUAUAACCUUAAGUGCACUGAGUUGCUUGGCAAUGUGGCUGCCUCAGUUUUUGUAUCGAACCACCCUAGGAACAAAACCGAUACGCGUACCUGAGCUAUUUGGGAAAUGUGUAUUUUGGCACAAGGUCAAAACCACCUGUCGUUUAAGUGUGCGUUUCUUGUAAUUGGCUAUGCUGCUUGUGUUUUAAACUCGAGGCGCCCGGGCAGUAGCUGCUGAAAUGGGCCCCUUCACCCCAAAAAGAAAUAUUUGCCUUAAAUUGUUUUUGUCCGUUGUUCUUUUAACUGUGGGUGCUAUUCAUCAAAAAUGUCUAGCUGUGCAAGCGCCACCUGCCCCCCAGAGAAGUGCGCUGGGUCUUCCUGAUUCCAGGGCAGAAGAGCUGAAAAAGCUUUUCCAAGCGGAGGGCACGUUUCACCCUCCUUUCUCUCUUAGGAAGUGGGUUGCCACUGGGCCCUCUCUGAGCCAACCCUUUUGCUCCUUCCCCAGUGCUUCUCCUUGAAAAGAAAGUCCAUCCAGACUCCAUUAACCAAGUUGGCUUUUGUCCUGCGUCUGCGCAAUGCAAGCCCACAGUUGCUGCUUGUCGGAAUACAGAUGAACGGCACGGUUAAUAUACGGGGGAAGUUAGCAGUUGCCUGCUGAGCUCUCUGGACUGUCAUUUUCUUUAAGUGUUUUUAAUGCUAAAUUUCUCAAUGGUUGUUGAAUAUGUGUUUUUCUGAAUUAACAUGUAUAUUGUCCUGAGAGAAAAGCUUAAUAUGAACCAAGCUCAGGAAGAGAAGCCAGCGCUUGAAUCGUGUCGGGUUCCUAUAGAGGGGAGCAAGGCAGACUUCUAAGCUAGCGUUUCAGCGCCCCAUUUUCUGGCCAGGUUGGUUGAGAGAUGCACCACUGAUUUGCGGGCGGCUCAAAGGCUAACUCCAUGCAAACAUGGAAGUGGAACAUCUUUAUGUCCAAGAACAACCUCCACCUGCAGCCAUUGAACAGAAUUUCCUAUUUGGCCACUGCCCUCUGAUAAUAGAUUAGGAUGCAAUCCUGAACACUUCUCUUGCCCAAAGAGAUGCUUUCAGUUUCACAUGUGGAUUGUUUUUGAGGGAAGAUGAAUCUUUGCAUCUGCACCAGACAUGAAUGAGGGUUUGUAACAACUCUCCCACUCCUCUCUAUUGAUAUCUCUCUGUGCUGUCAAUAUACAACCCAUCUGUAUGAUAUAGAAAAUAACACAUCUUGCCAAGUACAUUGUAGUAAUUAAAAGCCUGGUCUCUAAUCUUGCCAGGUGACGCUGCAAACCAAACAUAUCUCAUUGGAUUAGGAACUGAAUUCCAUUUAGCUGUGCCCUCUGUUUUGAAAUUCCCAAGACUUAAGCAAGAAUUAUAACACAAUGGAGGGCCCUGUGAUACCCUUUACAGUUGUAUUAAAUCAUCUUCCCUGUUGACAUCUUGUUCCUGAAGUUUAUGCAAGUCCGAACAUUGCCCACUUGGAAAAAACAAAGAGGCCAAGAGCAUGGCCAUUUUAUGCUGCCAAAGACCUACAUAUCACACAUAGCAAAUUAUGAUGUGCAUAACUGAGCAAGUUGACAACUGUGUAUAUGACAGAGGGAUUACCCAAGUGUCCACUAAGUGAGUGCAAUUGAAUCCUGUUCACUAAUCUGAGACCUCACUUACUUGGAGGUUAAAGCAUAGAUUGGCUAGUACACAAAAUUCUAGCACUUCCCUCCAAAAUGUAUAUAAAACAAUACAGCCAAACCUCCUAUAAUAAGAUCCGAGACAUAUAUGAGGAUGCAUCAGUUAAACAGGUACUCGCAUUUACUGUCACAACCCAAAAGGUACAUCUAAAUUGUAUAACAAAGCUUUGUGUUUAGUUUCUGGUGGUAACAGAAAGGGGAAAGUGCGAAAUGAAAGAACCAUGGCUAUAGCCACAGGCCAGGGACUAAUGAAGUCAAAAGGAUGAUUUUAGUCAUUAUCAGAUGCCUUUGAGAGUGCAAAAGCAGCUACUAACCAUGAAGUUAUGAGAAAGUUAAGUCCCAUUUAAUCCAAUGGGGCUUACUUUUGUGUAAGGAUGUUUAGUAGUUUAGCUGUCAAACACUUUCAAAACAAGUGGUCAUAAAAAGCAAAUCCCUAUUUUAAUUUUCUUUUUAAAAGGGGAACCCAGGAUAUUUGGGCUUUGAAAAAUUAUUCAAGAGGGUGUCUGGGGGGGAAACGCAUUGUAAACUUCACCAAACUCCAUUGUUUUAUAUCAAGCUCCUCAACCGAAUUAAAUUUGGGGGGGAAAUCAGCAGGGGCCUUGAUAGACAUUUCAUGAAUGAAGAGAAGCUUUGUCACGGUGACGCCCAGGUGGAGAAUAUAUUUCCUUGUAUAAUGAAUGAAACUUGCAUGCAUCUGUGGAGGGAAGAGAAAUGUCUCUUGAAAUUAAGCUACUUGAAAAGUCCCUCCGCAAAUCUGCAUUUGGAAUGUUUUGGGUGUGCGUGUGUGUAUGUGUUUUUAAAAAAGGAACCGGCGAUGCAAACGGCUGACUGUGAUUUUGACUUGUAUAGCUAGUAUUGCAUCGGAUGGACACUGGAAAUUGUACAAUAAUGACUUGUGUGAUAGUAUAAGUGCAGUAUUCAGCAAUACAAGCCAGCUUUUGCUGCACAGUGUUUUUGAGACGAUGAAGUAAAUGAGCAACAAUAGAGCAGUAUAUGGACAUUGUUAAGCCUAAUCCGCACUUAAGUGGUACUCGUCCUAUAAAAAGCAUGAAGGUCUACUUAGCUACUGAUUUUAGUGCACCUUUUUACUGUGAACUGAAUAAUAAAAUGGAUGCAUAUUGGUACUAUUUCAACAAUAUUCCCGGCAGAAGAUAGCAGAUUCUGUUCCCUGAUCCAGAGGCCCUUCGCGUUUCCAAUACAGCUGCAAGCAUCACAAGCAACCCAAUUUCUUUCAAAGGUGGCAACAGGUCUGUUUCCUCCUCUGAAAUUGUGGGGAAAGGAUGAAUCCCUUUCCAACAUGCAAUGCCUGUGAUCCCCUCCCCAAAAAGAGAUCACUGGAUCAGAGUACGUAUCUGCUCUGAGAGCAUCGUUUAAUAAAAAGCGUCCCCAUCAAAUUAUAUUUAAGCUCCAAUUUGUGUAGCUACAUCGAGGCAAUAUUAUUUAUUCUUAAUUUAUUAGCGCGUGCGUAAUUUUUAAAGUCAACUUAGUGCCAAAAUGCAUGUUGUUCUUUUUUCCAACUAGCGCUCGGUCGAGUGAUACAGAAUAGUAUUCAGUUAUCAAACCCAUUUGUCACAUUGUGAUGUAACCCAAUUUCUAUAUUUCAGAUUCGUUUCUUGUGGAAAAACUGUUGCACUAUUUUAAUUUUCGGAUUUCUGUUCCCGUUCCGUUUGUUUUUUAGCCGUACCCCAGCAGCCCCCCACUGCAUGCCAUUUGUGUAAAGCGCCUCUUUCUAAAGAAGAAUCCUUGUGAAUUGUCAUAACCACUGAAAUUUUAAUCCUUGUGUGGGAGUCUUUUAGGUUUUUGGCAAAAGUAUUUUGUUACCUCAGUCUUCUAUCAGGUUGCUGUAUUUUUCAGCUUGUUACAUUGAUAAUAAUUGUUUCACUAAUUAAACAAAACUUUAAUGUAAAA